AUGCACUCCCAAAAACGAUCAUCUCGCUCCUCCAGGUCUCCCAAGAAGCAUCAUGGCUUUACGCUAGUGAUCAUGAUCCUUGGGUUCCUCCUCCCACCGCUGGCUGUCGCUGCCAGGUUUGGGAUUGGAAAGGACUUCUUCAUCAAUGUCCUGCUGACGCUUUGUGGCUACUUUCCCGGCCAUGGUCACAACUUCUUCGUUCAAAACAUCCGUGACAACACCCACAGGAACCGAACGCCCAAGUGGGCCGUGCGCUAUGGCCUAGUCGAUCAGUCGGCUGUCAAGAGGAAGCAGGCCAAUCGUGCUCAUUGGGUAGGUCGCUACAAUGAUCAGACUGCCGAGCGCACAAUGUAUGACGAAGACGGCAAUCAGGUGCGCUACGAGCACGGCCAUCGCUUCGAGGACGGCGACGAUCCUCGAGCCCCCACCAGACCUCUACAGGACAGCGAGUUGACCGAGCGCGAUGAGUUCUACGGGCAGAGUCAGUCGGCUUCUUCUGACCCCUACUCGCUCAGAAGGACUACCAGUGGCCACUCUUCCAUCUCCUCAAACACUCCCGGUGGCUUGGGGGAGAGAAAGGCAGCACGCAACAAGUCCAAAUCUCGCGCCUUUCUGGGGAGGAAAAAAGCCGAUCGCCAUGCCAAGAGUGGCGAGGUGAUGGGAGACCCAGACUAUGUCGAUCCUUCGAGGGCGCGCAAGGAUGGAAGGGGAUACCAUGGAGAUGGAUUUGGAGAUAGGGGAUCUUUCAAUAGUAGUUUGAGUGACGAGAGGGGAAGUGGACAGGCAUCAGGAACCGGAUACGACUUUGGAGAUGUUGAUGGGCCGGAGGAUCCUGAUAGCAGGUACAGGCCUGGAGGCGCAGCUGGGCGUAGCAACAUGACGACGAGCAGCGGCAGGCAUCAAGGCAGCGGGUAUGGAGGAGGAUCUUCCGGAAGGGAUUAUUCGGGCAGCAGUAGCGCCACGGGUCAGGGUAGGGGAACGGCCAACGAUGGGCUCGACCACACUUUCUGA